GAUAGAUAUAAGGAUAGAUAUAAGGAUAGAUAUAAGGAUAGAUAUAAGGAUAGAUAUAAGGAUAGAUAUAAGGAUAGAUAUCAUUUUUCUUCUUUUCGAUUAUUCUAGAUAUUUUGAUUGGUUGAUUAAUAGAGCACAUGUUUUAAUGCAACAACAAAAUUCAUUUUUCUAA